GAAACUGUUUUCCUUGGUAGUAGUGGUGGAGGGGAAGGAUUGUUACUCUGCUGGAUAAAGUUCAUUUGUGUAUAUAUAAAUAAGAAUUGUUUUCCAUUGUUAUUUAUCUAUAACUUAUAAAGUUGUAAAUAACUUCCACGGAAUCAGACUCAACCUGGAAGGGUAUGUUCUCUAGGCAAUGCAAAAAUUUCCCCCUACACCUGUUAACAGACAGAAAGUCUGGAUGGCAACGGGAAUCUACUGGUCAUACAGCUAACUUCCCAAUUCAAUAAGCACGUGACUAAAGGAUUUUUUCCUUACACUCACAGAUAUUUCAGGCUAAUUAGAUACUGUGUGCUUCUUAGGGUCACUGCUUGGUGAGGGAGCCAGCUCUGAAUGGGGUCAUAGCAAAUGAGCUUUUCAAUGACCAUACAACACUCCAACUCCUCCCAGGGCACCUUGAAAGUAACUGCACCUUCCAAAGGGCACAGUGCAAUCAGACUGUGUGUUUGGCCUCCUGUUUGCUAGUGGGGAGAAAGUGGCUUCAUGGCUGUACACUACGCAUAAAUGAAUGUGAAGGACUAUUUAGGUCUCUGCCUUUUCACCAUCCUCCCACCUGCCACAGGCUGGGCUCUUGUGCUAGAAAUGACUUGCUAGUUAGACAUCAUGGGUCAGGAUCUGAGUCAGAGCCUUAACCAUUUAUAAGCUUUUUUCUUAUGAAAAAUUGGCACUAAGUAUAAUGUCUAGCUGCCAGAGUUGUUGCAGGCUUUAUAGGAGACGCGGGCUGUGCAGAUGCUUUGUAAAUUUUGAAGCGUUAUAAAAUAACACAUCUUUUUUUUUUUUUGAAACCACGGUGCAAAGUUCAUUGCCGGAGAAGAUAACGGCCCUUGGUGCCCUCCAAGCGUCAGCUUAGUUUCCAAGAAGCUGAGCAGCGGGCGCCCGCGGGUUUGUUUCUGGCUCCUCCUCCGCCACAGCGGCCGGGGGCCCGGGUCGGAGGCGGCGGGGGCCGAGCGCCCGGUCUGGCAAGCCCACGGCCCGCUAGGGGUGCCGUCCCGCGCCGGGGCGGAGCAGGCCCCGGCCGCCCAGUUCCUCAUUCUAUCAGCGGUACACUGGGCUGGUGGCGCCACAGGCGCUGGGAUCGCGGGAGGCCAAGGAUGGGUCCGCGCCGCUCGGCGAGCCUGCCCCGAGGCCUCGGACCUCGGCGGUCGCUCCUCCCCGUCGUCCUCCCGCUGCUGCUGCUGCUGCUGCUGUUGGAGCCGCUGGGCUCGGGUGCUGAGGCCAGCCGGCCGCCCCACCUGGUCUUCGUGCUGGCAGACGACCUGGGCUGGAACGACGUGGGCUUCCACGGCUCCCGCAUCCGCACGCCGCACCUGGACGCGCUGGCGGCCGGCGGGGUGCUCCUGGAUAACUACUACACGCAGCCGCUGUGCACGCCGUCGCGGAGCCAGCUGCUCACUGGCCGCUACCAGAUCCGUACAGGUUUACAGCACCAAAUAAUCUGGCCCUGUCAGCCCAGCUGUGUUCCUUUGGAUGAAAAACUCCUGCCCCAGCUCCUAAAAGAAGCAGGUUAUACUACCCAUAUGGUCGGAAAAUGGCACCUGGGAAUGUACCGGAAAGAAUGCCUUCCAACCCGCCGAGGAUUUGAUACCUACUUUGGAUAUCUCCUGGGUAGUGAAGAUUAUUAUUCCCAUGAGCGCUGUACAUUAAUUGAUGCUCUGAAUGUCACACGAUGUGCUCUUGAUUUUCGAGAUGGCGAAGAAGUUGCAACAGGAUAUAAAAAUAUGUAUUCAACAAACAUAUUCACCAAAAGGGCUACAGCCCUCAUAACUAACCAUCCACCAGAGAAGCCUCUGUUUCUCUACCUUGCUCUCCAGUCUGUGCAUGAGCCCCUUCAGGUUCCUGAGGAAUACCUAAAGCCAUAUGACUUUAUCCAAGACAAGAACAGGCAUCACUAUGCAGGAAUGGUGUCCCUUAUGGAUGAAGCAGUAGGAAAUGUCACUGCAGCCUUAAAAAGCAGUGGGCUCUGGAACAACACGGUGUUCAUCUUUUCUACAGAUAACGGAGGGCAGACUUUGGCAGGGGGUAAUAACUGGCCCCUUCGAGGAAGAAAAUGGAGCCUGUGGGAAGGAGGCGUCCGAGGGGUGGGCUUUGUGGCAAGCCCCUUGCUAAAGCAGAAGGGUGUGAAGAACCGGGAGCUCAUCCACAUCUCUGACUGGCUGCCAACACUCGUGAAGCUGGCCGGGGGACACACCAAUGGCACCAAGCCUCUGGAUGGCUUUGACGUGUGGAAAACCAUCAGUGAAGGAAGCCCAUCCCCCAGAAUGGAGCUGCUGCAUAAUAUCGACCCGAACUUCGUGGACUCUUCGCCGUGUCCCGGGAACAGCGUGGCUCCAGCAAAGGAUGACUCUUCUCUUCCAGAAUAUUCAGCCUUUAACACAUCUGUCCAUGCUGCAAUUAGACAUGGAAAUUGGAAACUCCUCACGGGCUACCCAGGCUGUGGUUACUGGUUCCCUCCACCGUCUCAAUACAAUGUUUCUGAGAUACCCUCAUCAGACCCACCAACCAAGACCCUCUGGCUCUUUGAUAUCGAUCGGGACCCUGAAGAAAGACAUGACCUGUCCAGAGAAUAUCCUCACAUCGUCACAAAGCUCCUGUCCCGCCUACAGUUCUACCAUAAACACUCAGUGCCCGUGUACUUCCCUGCACAGGACCCCCGCUGUGACCCCAAGGCCACUGGGGUGUGGGGCCCUUGGAUGUAGGAUUUCAGGGAGGCUCGAAAACCUUUCAAUUGGAAGUUGGACCUCAGACCUUUCCUCAUGACUCUUGUCUCAUUUGUUAUCCCAAUCUGAGUUCACUUGGCCCUUCUCUUGCUCUUAAACCACACCGAGGUGUCUAAUUUCAACCCCGAAUGCAUUUAAGAAGCUGAUAAAAUCUGCAACACUCCUGCUGUUGGCUGGAGUGUGUGUCUAGAGGUGGGGGUGGCUGGGUUUAUCCCGCUUUCCUAAGCUGUGGGACAGCUGGGAACUUAACUUGAAAUAGGAAGUUCUCACUGAGUCCUGGAGGCUGGAACAGCUGGCUCUUUUAGCCUCACAAGUCAGACGUUCGAUUCCCGUCUGCCAAUAGCCGGUUUUAUUGGAGUGAAUCACAUUUCUUACACAAAUGAAGGAAGCAGACAAUUAUUAAUGGUUCUGUUGGCCAAGGCUUCUCCCUGUCGGUGAAGGAUCAUGUUCAGGCACUCCAUAUGAACCACCCCUCUUGGUUCGCCCCUUACUCAGCUUCUCUCAUCACAGAGCAUGAAGCCCAUCUUGUUGUUCAGGUCAACAGCAAAAUGCCUCCACCUUGAUUGUGGCUUUUACAAUAAAGAAAUGUGUUUUUAUCCUAAUUUAUUUUUCCCCAGCCAUUGCUCACUCUGUCUAGACUUCCUGCCACUUCCAGUUCUUCUGUGGCUUUUCCUGCCUUUCCUUUUGACCUCACUGUCCUAUCCCUGGGAAGGCCACUUUGCUUCGCUACCUAAGCACCCCUGAUUUCUGGAACGCUCCUGAGCCCUGCCUUACUUUUGCCGCUAGGGCUGAAGCUAGAGGCCUCCCUGUAAUAGGCGGUGGAGUUGCUCUGUGAGGAUGUUCAUGGUAGACACUAAGAGGGCUGGGUGGUAGAUGCCAGGCUCAUGGCAUCUGUUCAGCGAGGCUUUUCCUAUGUUGCAUGGAGUUAGUCAUCGUGAUUGUGGCUUUAUCUCAUAAUGCAUUAAGACUUGCACUGCUAUUUACUAGCAGUGAGAAGAAACCUCAGGAAACAAUAUGAAAAAGCAAGUGGCCAGUGUCUGGGAUACUGGGCCUUGGUAAAGCAGAGGAGGGCACACCCACAGUCCUCUUUUUCUCUGUUUUACUGCUUGUAUUGAGGUUCUGGGGUCUGGGAAAGAGGAUGCACAGUUUGACCUGCAGCUCUUUCUCAAUCCCACUAAUGUCUUACUAAUGUGGAACAGUCCAUAGUAGCUCGAGAGUGUCAAACCCAGAUAAAUAUGUGCAAAAAUGAUAUUCUUUUCUGCAUUUGCCCCACCAUUUUGUUCACCAAUGCUUGGAACACUGCCUGAAGGCACUCAAUACAUUUUUUAAGUUUUAUUUUAUUUUUAAUUUUUUGUAUCUUUUUGAGACAGGAUCUCACUCUGUCACCCAGGUUGGAGUACAGUGGUACAGUCACAACUCCCUGUAGCCUCGAACUCCUGGGCUCAAGUGAUUCUCCCACCUCAGGCACCCAAAUAGCUGGGACUACAGGCAUAUACCACCACACCCAGCUAAUUUUAUUUUUCGAAAAGACAAGGUUCCCUAUGUUGCCCAGCUGGUCUUAAACUCCUGGGCUCCAGCAAUUCUCCCAUCUUGGCCUCCCAAAGUGCUGGGAUUACAGGCAUGAGCCACCGUGCCUGGCCUCAUUUUUUAAAACAAAUGAAUAAAUGGACAAAUGAGUAAAUGAGAAAGUCUCACACCAUGAAAGAUGCUAGUCCAAUGAGCUGAAUAUGGAGGUAAUAUAAAUGUCUUCCAACUGUUGAUUUUCGGCUCUCAAACUGCCCCUCCUGGGGUAGGAGCAUCAUCUACAUCACUGGGCAGUCACAGGACACUCUACAGCAAGGUUGUAGCGUCCUCUCCAGUGCAGGGAGAAAAGGAACUGUGCCUACCAGAGGUACUCUCUUGUCAGCAGUUUCCAUUUCUAUUCUUUAUGGGACACUAGCAACUAAAAGCAACAAAUAAUCUGAUAUAGGUCCCUGUAUAGUCAUCCUUCAAUUCAGUAGCAAUAUUUUCUGGUCACUACUAACCUGUAUUGUAUUAAAAUGAGACUAUUGGAAGGAAAUGGUGCUAGAACUAAUAACAUCUCUUACCAACCUUUACCCAACUCCUGGGUUGGCAAACAGCUGGCCAAAUUGCCAUCACCUCCCACUUGGAAGCGUAUGGCUGAUAGCAUGAAAUAACUGAGCCCAGAUGUUCCUUUUGCAUCCUCCGAAUCCCAAGGCUGGGUGUAGCUAGCUGUUGGAGGCCAUUGCUACAGGGCACCUAUCUGUUACUGCUGCCAUCCUCCCAGCAGCUAAUCUCCAGUUCUAGUUCCUUGGUUGCCAGACACAAUGGGGGAUGUUCUGCACCCAGUGGACUUCGAAAGAGUUUUGAAGACUAAUUUUUUGUAAAACAAGUACUUGAGAUUUUGGUUUAUCCCUAGUAGAAUGUAUCUCAUUAGAUUCUCUGAUUCUAGGUAAGAAUGUGAAAAGAUUGAUAUGUUGUUGUUAGAAAUAUUGUUAUUUCUUUCCAAUUUUGUUUUGUUUUGUUUUUGUUUUUGUUUUUGUUUUUGAGAUGGGGUCUUGCUGUGUCAUCCAGGCUGGAGUACAGUGAUGCAAUCUCCACUCACUGUAACUCACUGUAGCCUCUAACUCCCAGGUUCAAGCUAUUCUCCUUCCUCAGCCUCCCCAGUAGCUGGAUUACAGGCAUACACCACCACGCCUGGCUAUGUUUUGUGUUUUUAGUAGAGAUGAGGUUUCACCGUGUUGGCCAGGCUGGUCUCAAACUCCUGACCUCAAGUGAUCCACCCACUUCGGCUUCCUAAAGCACUUGGAUUACAGGUGUGAGCCACCAUGCCCGGCACAUUUUUUUACCUCUACGGAAGGUUUUGCUUAUUUAAUUGUGAGCUCAUUUUUCUUUGUUACUACAUGAUUGUUCCAGAUUUGGGAGAUAAAAUAAAAUUAAUCUUUUCAAAUGUGUCAGCCAUUGUAUGGGGCUUCCAUUUGGGGUGAUGAGAAAGUUCUGGAACUAGAUAGUGGUCAUGGUUAUACAACAGCAUAAAUGCAAUUACUGCCACUGAAGUGUAUAUUUUAAAGUGGUUAAAAUGGUAAGUUUUAUGUUUUAUUACAGUUUUUAAAAUGUGUCAACCAACUUUAUGGUACAUAAAUUAUAUCUCAGUAAAGCUGUUAAAUAAAUAAAUAUAGUAAAAAUUUUAGAACUAAAAAAA